GCGAGCCGCUGUUCACAAGCGUCUAACCAAUGAGCAGUUGUUACGCAGGAACGGGGCUAGUGUUACUGUAGGGUUUGGUAGGUCUAGAGAAAAAGGAGGAGAGCGGAGGAAUAACUCCCGGUACAGUACAGUGACAGGGCACCGGGGCGGAACUUUUAUUAUUAUUUUUGAUUUAUUCAUUUACCAGCGACCCUCCGGAUAGAACUCUCUACCGGAUCAGCGUACACCGGGGCCGGUGCAUCACGUGACACGGCGCGCUCCGGGUUAUGUGCUCGGCGCUCUGCACCGGCGGCGCGUGUGACCAGUAACCCCGGACGGCGGCGACAAUGUCUAUCCAGUACUCCGGGGAGGAGCCUCUGUCCGGCAGCUACGGUGUGUCAGAUUCAUUCCCCAAAGACUUCGGCUACGGGGCUGAUGAGACGGAGAUGGACGAUAACUCGGUAACGUCAGACAGCAAGCCCCGGAUCCUGCUGAUGGGGAUGCGGCGUAGCGGCAAGUCCUCCAUCCAGAAGGUGGUGUUUCACAAGAUGUCACCAAAUGAAACUUUAUUCUUGGAAAGCACCAACAAGAUUUACAAAGAUGACAUCUCCAAUAGUUCUUUUGUCAAUUUCCAAAUAUGGGACUUUCCAGGACAAGUGGACUUCUUUGACCCUACCUUUGACUAUGAAAUGAUUUUCAGAGGGACAGGAGCAUUAAUAUAUGUGAUUGAUGCCCAGGACGAUUACAUGGAAGCCCUAGCAAGACUUCAUGUCACAGUCUCCAAAGCCUAUAAAGCAAAUCCUGACAUGAAUUUUGAGGUCUUUAUUCACAAAGUAGAUGGUUUGUCUGAUGACCAUAAGAUAGAAACUCAAAGGGACAUUCACCAGAGAGCGAAUGAUGACCUUGCAGAUGUUGGGCUAGAAAAACUUCAUCUGAGCUUCUACUUGACAAGUAUUUAUGACCACUCUAUAUUUGAAGCCUUCAGUAAAGUUGUGCAGAAACUUAUCCCACAGUUGCCAACUCUAGAAAACUUGCUAAACAUUUUUAUAUCUAAUUCUGGCAUUGAAAAGGCUUUUUUAUUUGAUGUUGUCAGUAAGAUCUACAUAGCCACGGAUAGUUCUCCUGUAGACAUGCAAUCCUAUGAGCUGUGCUGCGAUAUGAUAGAUGUUGUGAUAGAUGUAUCCUGUAUAUACAGCUUGCAUGCGGAGUGCAAUGGAACUGCAUAUGACAAGGAGUCCAUGGCGAUUAUCAAGCUCAACAACACGACUGUGCUUUAUUUAAAGGAAGUUACAAAAUUUCUUUCACUUGUCUGUAUUCUUAGGGAAGAAAGCUUUGAACGAAAAGGAUUAAUAGACUACAAUUUUCAUUGCUUUCGAAAAGCCAUCCAUGAGGUGUUUGAGGUGGGGGCUGCCACCCACAGGACCUUCAGCCAUCAAAGCAACAGUCCAAAUCUAAAUGCAGUGACUCAAAAUGGCACACCUGCAAAUGCAGUCUAGACUAAAUCCUUGCGGACUUUCUUCACCCAGUAGCCCAAGGACAGUGCCCGCCACAUGGACUGUGGCAAGGCCGGUGCAAGAAAUGCAGGGUACCACAGAUGGAGCAAACCUUGUGGAUUUCCAUGAUCUACUGUGCAAAAACCCUUCAGUGCGUGUUCAUAGUCACAUGCUUGCAUUCCUGCAAUGGUUCACUAGUUUUGCAUUUGAAAAUAAUCCAUUUAGUUUGGAAUUUUAUUUCUCUGGUAAAUCUUCAAAGCAUUGAAAAGUCAUACCUUUUUAUCUUAAAUUGCUGACCACCUGGCAAAUAUUUGGCCAUUAAAAUGUUCUAUAUUAACCUUAGGAAACGCAAAACACACACCCACAUGGGGUUCUUCAGCCUGCAGAUUGCAACCUCAUUAAAAUAUGUAAACAUUCCAGAAGAAAGUGCUUGCCUUUUCUGUCUGAGAAAUGAACUGGCAUUUAUCAAGUGAUUUCUUCCUAUUUUUAAACUGGACUUUUGAAGAACUGCAGGUAAAUGAAUGAGGUGCGGCUUUCCGCUCCUCAGAGCAUUGAGCAUAAAUAGCUGAGAGCGUCAUUGGGUAGUUCUUCACUGUAUUGCUCUUGGUCAAGCGUGCACACACAUUAACAUUUAUCUCUGUCAAGUUGCUUAAUUCCAAAUGCCUUUUUGGGCCGGUGCCUAUAUAUUGAGAGAGGUGUUAUAUAUUUUUUGUUUUUUUUGUUUUGUUAAUUUGGUUUAAAUUUUUGUUGUGAAAUAAACUGCAUAGUAAGCAAAAGGUGCCAUAUUGGUGUUGCGAAGAAUCUUAAUGUUUUACAGUUUAGUGAAGAUCUCGUUUUGCUGUUCACGGCAUGAAAACUUGGCACAAUGUUUGUGAAAUAUGCUGCAAAAAGACAUGAGCGCUGCUAAUCGACUGCACUGAUUUAUGAAUUAUAUGAUGACGUUUUCAUAACAAAAUUUUGAUUCACCAAUAUGGCAAAAAAUGGUUACUGGUCUGGAUUACUCUGCACCUUUUCUUUUACGUUUAGUGGCAUAAAGGAUCGCUUUUAGUUUUUAAGUGUCUCACAAAUUAUUUUUGGCAAAUUGGACUUUUGAUGCUUAUUAGUGCUUACUAUUUAACCACACUGUGGUCCUCCUGGCUGUUUCCUGGAUAACACACACACAGUAACACUACUGUUCCUAAUCUCAUGUUUGGUUGAAUCACUUUUACAUAUUUUUAUCUAUUUAUGGUAGGGCACUUUUUGCAGUUUAGAAUUCCCAGACUAGUCUUCUGUUCUGUUUAAUCCACUGGUGUAUUUUAGUAUGGUGAUUUUUCCAUAAUUUUGCACCUUUUGAUGUACCAAAGGCCCUUUCUUGCUGGAUCACUAUGUAACAAAGUGCCACUGUAACUUCUUUGUGUAUGAACCUCUUUUAUUCUGUGUGGUUGACUAGAGUGUAUUUUGCAAAUGAACAGUGAUUUCUUGACUCUUCAUGCUGACCAGGGCAAAAGCCAACAAGAUGUGGGUGGGAAAAACUUUUAUAUUUAUAUUUCCUUUCUCUGAAUUAUGUAUAGCAAAGGUUAUCAAUAAAGAUAUUUACUCAUGACAGAGUGCUAUUUCCAAGAA